GACUGCGCGCCUCCCACUCCUUCGCGUAGCACGGCGCUGAUUGACAGUUGGCGAACGACUGCGGACGGCGCAGGAUCUAAAACCGCGCUAGGCGCUGCUUUCCACGCUCGCUCGCUCCGCUCUUCUCUUACCCGUGGAUCUACUCUCGGUGCUUUUUCGUGGGGGAAGAACUCGAAACACGCAUAUUCCCGUGGCUGCCUUUGCCCGCCGGCCCGCGCGCAAUAUAUACACCAACCUUCCACCUUCUGUCCGCCGGAGUUACGAGUGGCACACGCAGUAGUAGUUACGGUUAGGGAGGUGGGUCGGCCACCGUCUCGCGGACAGCUCUCUCGCGCGUCACCUCUUCUCUCACUCCUCUGCGUGACCGGUUCGUUCGUUCAGUAAUCGCCGCGAGGAGGAACGCGCUUCUUCUUCCGCCGCGAACACUCCGCUUCGAGGACGCGUACUCCGCUACGUUUUUCCACUUCGCACUCGCGUGGAGAAUAAUUCCGCCGAUAGUAUUUCUACCUACGUAGAAAGCGCGAACGGGUUUGUUGUUCGGUGUGUCUGUCUAUCGUGCAACAUCUUGGAACGAGGAACGAGCUGUCACGAAAGGAGCUCUAUUCCGGACCGCGACGACGCAACAUUCGCAAACAAAGAGAGAGAGAGAGAGAGAGAGAGAGAGAGAGAGAGUGAGAGAUACAUCACAUCAUCACCGGCGCCACCGAUUUUUCGUUCGUGUCGCGUAAACACACGCGGUCGCGGGCGAACUUGGCCAUCUCGAAACGCAUCGGAUCGACUGCCGCAGUGGACUGUUCGUAGUGCUUGUGCCAUCGACACACAAUCCUUUGCUCUCUAGUUGAUCAUUCACCGUCCGGUAGAGAUAUCACAUCUCGUCGUGAUAUCUAACGAUAUCGACUCGUCGCACCGAGUGCGUUCUCCGGUGCUUGCAAAGUUUUUUCGGGACGGCAGUGUGUCGCGCGCGCGAUCGACGGUCACGCGAGUCACGCCGUCCGCCUGUAUGCUCCGUUUUGUUUUCCCUGCAACGUUCUCUUUCUCUCCUCGUCGGGACGAAACUUCGACGAUAACCUUGAUUUCGCGCCAAUACUCAACGUUGAUAACAGAGGAUGUAAACGUGUUCCCUCCCGUUCAGUGGCGUACGCAAUAAGGCAAAUCUCUCUUGUGUUUACACGCGAACGUGUCGUUCUGUAUGAAACAUCUGUGUGAAACAAUAAUAAUCAGUGACAACCGACGAGAUUACUCUCCGACGGCCAACGGCGGACAACCGUUUCGGAGCAGGAGCAGCAACGAGAGAAUUAUCCGUGAUAACUGGAAAUCGUGGUGAUACUUUGUGGUGUUGAAAAAAAAAAAUAAGUUAGUUUUCGUAAAAAAGGCAGCGGUGAUCGUGAAUCCGUCGGGAAAAGCGGAAAGUAGUAGUCUCUAGUUUUUCGUGUCCUGUAUCGGUGAAGUUCCACGACCGCGAGAGACUUCGCUUCUCUCGUUCUUUGUUUUUUUUUUUUUUUUUGGAACACGCCAGCGUCGCAGUGAGAGAGAAUAGAUGAGAGACCACGUGUCGGGCAAAGCGAGAAAGUGGAUGGUAUAAUGUCGCGAGACUGACGAUAUACGGAGGAGGCACGCUCUGUGAGUGUUGUAGUUCAACGGAACUUCCGGCGGUGUGACCGGGACAAUGAGGAAGCACGUGUGUCCGGCCGUAGCCGUGGUCCUGCUGCAGCGUUCAACCGCGCGUGCCGAGCUCUGCUGACGCUCGCUUCGAUUUCUCGUCGUCAAACAGAGCGUCUCGUAUCGCCGGUCGACUCGGAUCCGGGGAUCGUCGAGAACCGACGGAGCCAGCAGCAACUGGUUCCAGUAGUGGUUCAUCUGAUCAAGAACAGUCUCGUGGAACAGUCUCGCGUGGAGGUGUCGUGCGUGGUCCAUCUGUUUCCUUGCGGACCGUCGGCCACUAUCCUGUCCGUCGAACCGCCAGGCCAAGAAGGUACUUGGAAUUUUGGAGCCAUCGCAGCGAAGAAUCCAGCGAGGAAUCGUUCGACGAAGGCGUAGAUAUAAUCCGCGAGUCCUCUGAGUGUGACGAACGGGAAACGGGCAAACCGAUCGCCGUGAUAAGGCGAACCGAAAAGUGGAGAAGCCAGUGUGUGUGAAGUGUUCGAGGUUACUUGCUUAUACUGUGGGAAAAUACAGCCGCUACGGUGGCUCAGCACGCAGAGUUCCCCGGCGCGGCCAGGGCGUUCAUGGCGCAGCCAAGGUAUGACGAUGGCGGGCUGCACGGGAGUUACCUCGAGGGCGGAGGUGGCGGUGGUGGAGCAGGACUGUACGAUCCACACGGGAGUGCCCGGGGUGUACCUGGACUCCAUCACAGUCCUCACAUCGGCAGUAUGGGGCCUGCACAUCCCCAGUACCCACCGCCUCCGCCGCAGCCACCCCAGCACGUUCUCGCGGCGGCAGCCGCGGCUGCUGCGUCUGCGGUACCCGAUGUCCACAAACGCGACAAAGACGCGAUCUACGGACACCCCUUGUUCCCGCUUCUCGCGCUGAUCUUCGAGAAGUGCGAACUGGCGACGUGUACGCCGCGUGAACCUGGUGUCGCUGGCGGUGACGUCUGCUCGUCAGAAAGCUUCAACGAGGACAUCGCCGUCUUCUCCAAACAGAUCAGACAAGAGAAACCCUACUACAUUGCGGAUCCGGAGGUGGACUCGCUGAUGGUACAGGCGAUCCAGGUCCUCCGGUUUCACCUCCUCGAGCUCGAAAAGGUCCACGAACUGUGCGACAACUUCUGCCACCGGUACAUCAGCUGCUUGAAAGGGAAAAUGCCGAUCGACCUAGUGAUCGACGACAGGGAGAGCUCGAAACCGCCGGAAAUAGGGAACGGUCUGGACGGUGGCGGACCGAGGAGCACCGCGGACAGCACCAGCCACACGGACGGAGCCAGCACACCGGACGUCGUGAGUACCUCACCAUCGUCAACGUCUUACUAUCCGCACGACGCGAUCACCCCUCACCAUCACCACCACCACCACCACCAUCACCACCAUCACCAUCAGAGCCAGAAUAAUAAUAACAAUAAUAAUAAUAAUCACGCCGGUAUCGGCAGUACCGCCACUACCACCCCCCUGCAACUGAGCCAAAACCAAAGCCAAAACCACCACCCUGCGCCGCAGUCGAACACCACCACUACUACUGCUAUUACCCCAAGUAGCGCCGCCACAACUCCCAACUCCCUAAAGCGUACGCACCAACAGAUGAUGAUGGCAGCCGCGGCGGCAUCCGCGAUGGCCACCUCGCCGCACGCAGCCGCAUCCGCGCCCCCAGCGCACGCGCACGCCGCCCUCGCCGCCUACCACAGCAUCAGCUCGGCCGUUUAUCCGUGCUCGUAAUAGACGACGCGACUUCCGUGCCGAUACCGCGAGACCUUUUUCUUUUCUUAUCCCCUUAUGUAUGCUUCUUUUCUUUUCUUUUCUUUUCUUACCCUCUCGACUCUCAACUCUUCUUCCAUCUCUGUCACCGUUACUCGCUCACGCGUUACUUACUCUCAUUACCAUCUCUACUUUUUCUUCUCCUUCUUCUUCUUCUUCUUCUUCUUAUUUUUCUUUCUACGAUCCUUAUCCAUAGUUCAUACGCUGUCUGGCGUUUCUUCGUCGUUUAAACCAUGGUCUUUCUUCGAGAUCCCCUUUCCUCUUGAUCCGCUGUGAAAGUCGACGGGAACCGAAUGUUCUCUGGAAAUUCCUUUGCCUCGUGAUCAGCCCUCUGUGGCCUUUCGAGGCGAGGGAUUUUGCGAAAUUUGCGGCCGGUGAGCCGUGCGUCGCGAUGGUUCGAUCGCGACUGACCGCGGCGGCAACCACCGCGAACGCGCACAGCGUGCCCUCUUCGUUCGUCCUCGUGGCACGAGGUCACGUGCAGACACACGUCCGCGAGGCAAGAUGUACACUACCUGAAACAAACUCUGUUCGUACCACGUUCUUUCUUCGUCUUCCUCUACUCUUCUCUUCUCGUUCUUCUUUUCUCGAAUCUCAACUGUCUCUCGAACCGAGAGGGGAAAAUCUCGCGUCUCGGGGGUUGCAACGGUGUCCACGAACAUCCGGUCGUGAGAUCACGGUGACGAAAUGCGAUUGGCCGCGAAUUGUUGGACUGGCGCUACUUGUCGGCAUUUUCCAGUACAUUUCGUAGCAUAGUGUCUCGUACUGCUCCGAGCGAAGGACCAGUGUUAUUCUGUUUGGCACUUGGCUGGCUUUUGAGUUCAUUCACGAUCCGUUUCUCUCUGUCUUGUUUCUUUCUUUCUUUUUUUCUUUUUUUUUUUUUUUUACUUUCACUCUCUCACUAUUUCUUUUUUUCUGUAUAUCUCUCUGUCUGUCUUUCUCUCUCUUAAAUGUUGCUCAAGCCGUGGAGGAAGAGUCGCUCGACUCACGUCAAUCGUACGUAACACGAUUUAACACACGAUCUCAGACAUUCUUCCUUCGAGGGCUCGCUCCGCGUCGGUUCAGCCGGCGAAUCUCCGCAAGAUUUCACGCUCUGUCUGAGGCUUCGCGUCUCGCAGCACGCGAAUUUCUUCGUACAGAGAGAAAUUCUCCUAUACGGAAAUACCAUAUCGGUGUUGGCCAAACUUCGAAACAAGUUCGCUCUCUCUUUCUCUCUCUCUCUACGGUCGGUUAUGUAAGAUCGCGGCGUGCUAGCGAGAAAGAACGCUUCUAAAUUCGUCCCGAGCCAGAGAACACCAGCCCGUCCGAUGACAUCGAUUUUCGGCUGGUGUUCCGCUUUCAAAACACGUCCGGAGGUAUCGUCGCCCCUCCGAGACCGCCUUUUCGAGGUCCAACCAGUCACGAUGAGCUAUUAUAGCCGAACGGCGCACCUUAUGCAACCGAUUCUGCGUCUCGUCUUCGUUGUUCUGGGUCGCUUGCGCUUCGUCUUCUUUCUCUUCUUCCUCGUCUCUGGUCUCGAUCGCGAGCGAUCGUUACGCUGGCACGUGGUUCGCGAGCCACGUGCUCCGAAGAGCCAAGACUAGCUCUUUCUUUCUUUCACUCGCUCUGUACUUUCUUUACCUCCCCACCUUUUCACCUUCUGUUCUCCAGAAAGCGUGCAAGGUCUCGCGCGGCGCGGCACAGCGCGCAGAACUUCAGUAGGCAAACACGGGCAUUAUAGCGAAGGAAACGGCCGCGUUAGGGCGCCGCUGGAGAAGGUCGUUAGGUGAGAAACACACGUUCGAAAGGGCACGCGACGAACAGUUCUGUAAAGGCAGGCCGUUUAGGUAGGUCGUUUGCUCGAAUCUCGCGUGAUUCGUCACUGCUCGAAACAUUUCUUUUAGUCACAUCGUGUCGAUGUUCACGAUCUCUACAUCACCCUUUAAUUUUCGGACAUGUAAACGUCUACGGUCGUAGGUUUGCAAUUUUUUUUUUUUUUUUUUUUACGUCGACGACGUAACAGACAUUAUUUUAUCAUUGUUUUAUUUUAUACUGCAAAACGAUCGACAAUUUUUUUUUUACUUCUCACAAUGUGACGAAUGACAGACGUCUGUCUUAACCUUCCAUUAUCCUAGUUUUCUGUUUUCUUUCUCUUGUUUGUCUCCCAAAUUCCGAGUUUUCGGCCCCGCGGAUCGCCCGAUCGGCAAUACCGCGAGCGUUUGGGUACGACCGGCGUUGGGGAAAUCGCACGGGGGGGGGGGAAGGUAUCGCGCGUAUCGCGAGUCACCGUGCGUGCCAUCGGAAAGAAAAGAAAAGAGAAGAAGAGAAGGGCGAGGAAUGCUGAGUGUCAUUGCUGAAUCGAACUAUUAAUUAAUCGUGAUCGGGAUAUACGUAAUAGGAUGUAAGGCUUUCAACGCGUGACAAGAUGACACUUUCUGUCUAUUUUUAAACGGGAUAAUUCUAGUUCGAGUUUACUUCUAAUUUAAGGAACGCGCGCGUGCAAACGACGUGUAACGACGACGAGAGCGUGAGUGAAGCGCGAAUGCGAGAGAAAGAGGCGAGAGUGGACGAUGGGACUGACUCGUGAUGUGAAUUACUUAACGGUGGUAGUCGUAUUAUAGUUUCUAACUUAUUAGUAGCUUCCGAUUAGUGUGGUUACCGGGCGGAAUAAUUGGUAAAGAGGAAAAAGAAAAAAAAAAAAGGACACGAAGGGAUAGUGUUGUUGAUUGUACGGCGAUAGAGCGGUCUUGACGAUGUCGCCCUGCUCAAAGUACACUUGAGAUAGAUCUUUGCGAGAGGCUCGUUCGCCGGGAAGAAUAUUCCUGUGACAUUAAAGGGAAGUGUACGCGGAUUCGACGUCAGAGAUCUAUCGAGAGUAUCUUGAGCAGGGUAGCUGUGGCGACGAUCGAAGAAACGAAAAAACGGGACUCGAUCUCGGAAUCGCGCGACGAACGAGAACAAAAACGAAGACACCCAGGCGGGGUGAGAACCGCGUGUGAAAACAGCGAGGAGAGCCGAGAGCCGAGCGAGAUGCCCAGAAGUCGUACGCGAUCGAACGAUCAUCACCAGAAAUACUAGGUCUCGGUACUCGUAACUAGGGAGUUGUGUGAGGUACAAGUCCUGGCCGGCAGGGCGCGUGAGGUCCACCCCCAAUCCCCGUACUUAAUAACCCUUGAAUUGCGAAUGACCCGUGAAUGACCAAAAAAAAAAAAAAAGAAAGAAAAAAAGAAAGAAAAAAUGAAACAAACGAAAAGUAACAAUUAACAGAGGAAACAGUGAAAAGAGAAAAAAAAAAACAAAAUAAGGCGAGGAAAUUUCCUGCAUACACGCCGAUAGGAAGAAGUAUCGAAAGAGGCAAGAGGAAGGAAGGAGCCGAACGAGCCCCCCAGCUGGUGCCCCGCAGUAAAACUCGAUUCUCGAGAGCUCCUUGACCCUGGAAUUAGCAUUUCCUACACGCGAACCGACACACAUGCAGCUCACUCACAUUCAAUCGCCUUUAUGAACACACGCACCUAUAAACAAAUACACAGGACACGGUCGUUAUGAAUCACAGGAGUACACGGGAUACUUUUGUGCGAGCGGAGACACACGCGAGCGUUUCAACGAAAUAGCCAGCGGACGCUGCUGCUGGGUACACGGGUCCACCGAUAUACGCAACGAUACACAUUCGCCAUCGGGGAGAAAUAAAUACACAAUUACCAUACAGAUACACAGAGCGUAUACGGGGAACAAACGGUUGGACGACAGGUCCAACACGGAAACAGGGCACGGAAGAGUGCAGGGCACCAGAUCAGGGAGGAGUCGUGCUCCGGCGUUCCUCUUUCACGUAGUCAGAUUAGAAUCAGAAAGAAAUAGAGACAGAGCACGAAAACCAGGAGAAGAACUAUUGAAACCAAAAAAAAAAAAAAAAGAAAGAUUAAAGUAAUGAGUAUACGUGAUACGAAGAUUUAGAGGACAGAAAAAAAUGCAAGGGUGUGUACGGAGGUUGGAAGGUGGGCUUCGGCACCAGUCGGUCGGAACCCUAGUUACGAGUGCCGAACCUAGGGUCGAGAGACCUUGAACACGGGUCUCUCGGCUUUUCUCCCUCCCCCCAAUGCCCCCCCCCCCAAGAAAAAAGAAAAAAAUAAAUAGGAACGACACACGAUGGAGUGUCGAACGAAGCACGGACAGUGCGACGGAAGUCGCCAUGUUUGAAGAGAGGGCAGAGUAAAAUAAGAAAAAGAAAAUAGAGAACCGCGAUGUUCUUUUCUUUUGUACGUAUUCUGCAUUACGUACUUACAACGACGCUCAAUUUUUACACUCUUCGCUCCUUCGAAAGAAAUGGAAAAAGAAAUCGACGUUUUCAUGUUACAAAUUUCGUUUGUACAUUCGUUUCUUCCGCCGCGUGAAUUUGUACGUUUUUACGUGUAGUUUUGUGAUUGUUUGUGAUUGUUUAACUCUUGUUUGUUGCGUCUUCCAGUUGAAAGAAUCGUUGAAAGUUUGUACUUCUCUCUCUUUUUUUUUUUUUUUUUUUUUUUUUUUUUUUGUAAAUUCUUUACGCGUUGUUCUUCUCGACACGACGAUGCUUCGUCGGAGAACUCUCAGUGUACUUAUUGUCGUUAUUUUUAAAAGUUCGGAGAGAGAAAUAUAGAAGAAAAAAGAACAUUUCUCGCUCGAUCGUCCGCGCGAGGAUUCGCUUCAAUUACGCUUAUCGAACGAUCGACCGGACGCACGUCACACGCGGAGCGUCUUCUCGAGCGCGUUCACGAGAUGAACCACGUGUUAGAAGAUGAUGAAACUGACGUGAAUACAUAGUGCCAUAGGUGCGGAGCAGGCGCUCACGCGUGCGCUCAGACUGUGUACUUAGUUAUCGUUAAUCAAAAAUCUUAUCAAACGAAUCGACGCUUCGAUGCGAAUGAAACGUGUAUCGUCGAUCGGCCACGGUCGCUCGAAAAUUGACUCGCUGUUACACGAACGAGACAAAUCAGUACGAACCUGAUUAUUUUUUUUCACCGACGAUCGCGGGUUACGUUCCUUGCAUUUACUCCACAAUUCGAUGGAAAAGUUCGUUCGACGAAUUAUCACGUUUCUUCAUUUUUUUUUUUUUUUUUUAAAUUAAUGUAGCUACUUAAAUUAAUGUAGCUAGUUCUACUUACAACGAAAGACUGACAACACACGCAUACACGCGGACAAUGACUGCAAGGAGAAUUUCGAAUUGAAAUUUAAUGCGUUUAGGGUUGAACGAGCUGUUCCAGCGACCGUGGAUAUUUUCAAUUUCGCGAAUGCGCGUGCGGAUCUCUGUUGCGACCGUGGUCGUCGAGUCGUUUCACGGAGAUGCACGCCCGAUGUAGCUUGCAUCUCACGUGCCCUGUACAUUUAUUAUUUUCGGGCGGACGCGGCUGGCCUCGACGAAGCUCGAGCUAGCGGCCGCGAGAGCGAAAGGAGGCGAUUCGAUCGUCACUCGAUCGAUUCCCUCCUUCUUGCCCGGGUGAGAAACAUCUCGAUUGUUUGUCGAGGGUGUCGCGUUUUAUACAUCUCUUCUUUCAUUUUCCUUUUUUUUUUUUCUUCUCCUCCUUUCGUCGACUACAUUCUACCAGCGUUCUCUGCGUACUUUGUUCCUUCUGUCUUUCUUUAUUUCUCUGUCGUUUCGCGCGUUUCGUCGAGACGAGACUCUUACACUUUUACCGCGCGACGAUAUGCGUGUUUACGCGCGCGAGUAGUCGAAUGAAAUACGAAUCACGUACGUUCGGACACUUACCGGGAGAUUACACGACACGCACGCGCAUAUACAGAUAUCGACGAAUGUACGAAGUGACAGGCAGCACACGAACAUACUCGGAGAACACACGUGUAUUCAGCGACGAAGAGAUGAGACACACACGCACACACCGUUUCAAUUAACCGACGAUGCAUAAUUGUAGACGCGCGUCAAAAGAGACCUCUCUGUCUCUCCAUCUUUCUCUCUUUCUUCCUCUCUCUCUCUCUUUCUCUCUGUUGUACACAUCGACGGACAUUGUGCAUGUAUGUGUGUUUACGAUUACAACUUUUACCUAAACGUAGACUUAAGAACAAAACAAAAAAAAAAAAAGA